UAAGAGAUAAAAGAGCAUGUUAUCUGGCAAGUCCAUUCCACCCCCAGUGGUUAUUAAUUUCGGAACACAUCUGAAUUCCUUGUCUGUGGCAUAUGCUUGAGUAGAGGAACAGACAGCUCCUGGUCAGGGUCAGAUUUCAAGUUCUUAUUUGUUGGUACCAAUACAAGGUUUCUCUCUGGCGUCAACUUUUGAGAUCAUCCCUGAGUACAACUUGGUGUCUGGAGAUCCCCAAAGGUGCCUCUGGUCAUCAUUCUCUUCACAGAAUCACAGUUUCCUUUCUCAGCCAAGAAUCUGCUGAACUGAGCUUUGCUUUUGGAAACAACUUUUCCCUGAGACCUGGUUGAAAGCAACUUGCUGGUGCCACACUUCCCACCAUGGAGGUGAAGAACUUUGCGACUUGGGAUUAUGUCGUGUUUGCAGGCCUGUUUAUCAUUUCCUCCGGAAUUGGGGUGUUCUUUGCUAUUAAGGAGAGAAAAAAGGCGACUUCAAGAGAGUUCUUGGUCGGAGGAAGGCAAAUGACUUUUGGCCCUGUGGCGUUGUCUCUGACAGCCAGCUUCAUGUCCGCUGUCACUGUCCUGGGGGCCCCUUCCGAGGUCUACCGCUUUGGGGCCUCCUUCAUGCUCUUCUUCAUUGCAUAUACUUUUGUCAUCAUCUUCACAUCAGAGCUCUUUCUGCCUGUGUUCUACAGAUCUGGCAUCACGAGCACUUAUGAGUACUUACAACUACGAUUCAACAAACCAGUUCGCUAUGCAGCAACAGUCAUCUACAUUGUGCAGACGAUCCUCUACACAGGAGUGGUGGUGUAUGCUCCCGCUCUGGCGCUCAAUCAAGUGACUGGGUUCAAUCUCUGGGGCUCUGUGUUUGCAACAGGAAUUGUUUGCACAUUCUACUGCACUCUGGGAGGAUUAAAAGCAGUGGUGUGGACAGAUGCAUUUCAGAUGGUUGUCAUGAUUGUGGGCUUCUUAACGGUUCUCAUUCAAGGAUCAGCUAAAGCUGGUGGAUUUCACAAUGUAUUAGAGCAAUCAAGAAAUGGAUCUCGACUGACUAUAUUUGACUUUGAUGUAGAUCCUCUCAGGAGGCACACAUUUUGGACAAUCUCAGUGGGAGGAACUUUUACGUGGCUCGGGAUCUAUGGAGUUAAUCAGUCAACCAUCCAGCGAUGUAUUUCUUGCAAAACAGAAAAGCAUGCCAAGCUAGCCUUGUACUUCAACUUGUUGGGUCUCUGGAUCAUUUUGGUGUGUGCUGUCUUCUCUGGCUUAAUCAUGUAUGUCCACUUCAGAGACUGUGACCCUUGGACUUCAGGCAUUAUCUCAGCACCAGACCAGCUGAUGCCGUACUUUGUCAUGGAGAUAUUUGACACAAUGCCUGGACUGCCUGGCCUCUUCGUGGCUUGUGCCUUCAGUGGAACUCUGAGCACCGUGGCUGCCAGCAUCAAUGCCUUAGCAACAGUGACCUUUGAGGAUUUUGUCAAGAGCUGUUUUCCCCAUCUCUCCGACAAGACGAGCACCUGGAUCAGUAAAGGCUUAUGUAUCUUUUUUGGCGUGAUGUGUACCUCCAUGGCUGUGGCUGCAUCCCUCAUGGGGAGCGUCGUGCAGGCUGCGCUCAGCAUCCAUGGCAUGUGUGGGGGACCAAUGCUGGGCUUGUUCACUUUGGGAAUUGUGUUUCCUUUUGUGAACUGGAAGGGUGCACUAGGAGGCCUUCUGACUGGGAUCACCUUGUCAUUUUGGGUGGCCAUUGGGGCCUUCGUUUACCCUGCACCGGACUCCAAGACAUGGCCCCUGCCUUUACUGACAGACCAGUGUCCCCCAUCAAAUUUGACGGAGUCAGUGUCUCCAGUGUUACCCAGCAGACCUGCAAUCGCUGACACCUGGUAUUCACUCUCCUACCUUUACUACAGUGCAGUGGGCUGCUUAGGAUGCAUUGCUGCUGGAAUAAUCAUCAGCUUCAUAACAGGUCACCAAAGGGGCAAAGAUAUUCAACCAAUGCUAAUUAGACCAGUUUGCAAUUUAUUUUGCUUUUGGUCUAAGAAAUACAAAACACUGUGCUGGUGUGGCGUUCAACAUGACCGUGGGACAGAGCAGGAAAACCUUGAGAAUGGCAGUACCUGUAAACAAGGAGCUGAAUCUGUCUUACAGAAUGGUCUCAGGCGGGAAAGCCUGGCCCAUGCUCCAGGCUAUGAUCCCAAGGACAAGAGCUACAGCAAUCUGGCAUUCGAGAAGAUUACUCAUUUCUAAGGCAACACGUCUGCGUGCGCAUGCGCGCACACAUGCAUAGCUACAUAUAGUCCACAUACUUCUUGCCUAUUGGUUAGCAGACUUACGUAGUUGCCACUGCUAGAAGACAGGGAUGUCUAAUGUCUAUUUAUACUUAUUUAUAACUACAAGUAAAAUAACUGUUCCCCAGGAUAUUCCCAGGAUAUUCUUUGGAAAACCCAAACUUUCAGGUGAGAAAAAACAGCCAAGCCUUAAGUGCCUUGGCAACUUCCUUCUUGAAUAAAUUAGGAUUGUAUUUCAUCAUCACACUAGGAAUCAGUCUCUUUGCUUUGUGUCGUAUUAAAUUUCAUUUUUUUAAACCAUAAAAUAGCUUGGAGUUUAUAGGCAGAAGGAGGAAAAGGAUACUCAUAUUAAGUGCUUCUCUGUCACUGCUGAUUAAACAAGAGAAGGACAUCCACCCCAUCCCCCACACCUCUCAUAUAUGUACACACAUUUCAUAUCCCCCAUCCUGCAACUGCAGUUGGAAGACUUAACUGCUAUUAACACACACACCUUUAAGUCCUCUUCCUUAUUCCUGCGAAUACAACUGUCCUGACCAAGCCUUAAAAUAAUUUGGCUCAGCCACCAGAGGGACUGGUAUGUCUGGUUACUGGGAGCAAUUAUAAUAAACAUUCUUUUCCCUUCGUG